AUGCUUCUCUCCGUACUUCUCGCCACAGCGGCUCUUGCACCCAGCUUCGCUCUGGCUGCACCGCUUUCUGUGGAGCCAAGGGCGGCCACGAAGAUAUUGAUAUCUUCCGAUAGCACGACUGCCAACUAUGCCACAGGAAAUGCUUUGCAGGCCGCUGACCGUGCCACGCUGCCAGGCAUAGGCGAAGAAACCAAAGUCGUCACCACGAGCACCGGCGCCAAAGAGACUGUCCACACUUUUGGUUGGUACCUGCGCAAGAUGAUUGCAGAUGUCAAGGCCAAGGGCGCCACGCCCAUCAUCUCCGGCAUGGUCAACAGAAACUACUGGAGUGGCAACACGCUGCGGACCGACUGGCCGUUUGCGACGUAUGCUCAGCAGGUGGCCAAGGCCGCGGGUGUCGAAUACCUCGAUCACACAAAGUACUCCGUCGCGCUCUUCCAGUCUUUCGGCCCGACAAAGGCCAAGACGUAUUUCCCCAACGACAACACCCACACCAACUGGGACGGCGCAAAGCUGAACACGCAGACGUUUGUGCGGAGCGUCAAGUGCAAGUGCGGUGGUACAAGCAAGCUGGCCCAGUAUCUCAAUGCCGCUGCCAAUGCUCUUCAGACACCGGCAUGCCAAGCUUGCUAG